AUGCUUGCUUACCCAACACUUCUCUCUGUCGCUGCUAUAGUUGCCUCAGCUAAUGCUGAGAACUUGAUUGUUGCUAUGUUCAAUGACAUUCACAGCAACCUCGACCAGUAUGCUUCUCUCGCAAGUACUCAAUCGUCUGCUAUCGCUCAGUUCAUUCCUUUGUAUGCUGAAGCACAAACUUACACAGACGAUUCAUACACAACUUUGGUCAACUCUGCCUUGUAUGAAUCCAUUUCUGAAUUUGUCACUGCUUUGCCAUGGUACUCUUCAAGAAUUGAGCCAGAACUUGCUGAAUCUGGUGCUUCGCAGACUGCUUCUGCUUCCGGUUCUGCCUCUAGUUCUGCUUCUGGUUCUGCUUCUGGUUCUGUUUCCGCUUCAUCUUCUGUUGCUUCCACCUCCGGUUCCGAGUCUGCUUCAUCUUCCAAAUCAUCUGGUUCUAGCACUGUCUCCAAGUCAGGAUCGUCCUCUGCUGCCAAGAGUUCUUCUGAAGCUUCUUCUGAGAGUUCUGCUGCCUCUUCUUCUGAGAGUUCUGCCGCUUCAUCCUCAGAGUCCGAAUCUUCAUCUAGUGCUUCCUCAACAUCAUCUGCUGCCGCCGUUGCUAUUGUCCCACAAGCUGGAUCUGGAUCAUAUGCCUUAGCUGCCGGUUUGGUUGGACUUAUCUCCGGUGUUGCUCUUUUGUAA